UCCUGUGUGUUUACUACACUGGCCAGGCAGCAGUACAGACACUCGGCUUCUCAUGCACCCAACUCACAACAGCUAAACACUUUUUAGUUCAAUUUGAAAGAGAACCUUCAAGAAUUCAACAUGCCCAAGAGAAAGGGAGCAGCUGGUGAAGCCAAGGAGGAGCCUCAGAGAAGAUCUGCCCGGUUAUCAGCGAAACCAGCCCCAGCAAAGGCUGAGCCUAAGGCCAAGAAGGAGAAACCAGCAAAGAAAGAGAAGGUUGUCAACGAUAAGAAAGAGGACAAGAAGACCAAGAAGGCGAAGGAGAACGCAGAAGCCGAGGCUGCAGAGGAAAACCACUCUGAGAACGGAGACGCCAAGACCAACGAGGUGGAGGAGGCUCCCGAAGCUGAGAAGGAGGAAGCCAAGUCUGAGUAGCAACACUGCCGACCCCUCACCUCUGACCCCUAGCCCCCAACCCAGCCCCAGUGUCCAUGGUUUCCCUCCGAGGCAUAUUGUUAACAGAGGAAUAUUUUUAUCAGUGAUUUUAUAAGUACCCUAUCUACUGUCCUAUCUACUGUCCGUACAGAUUUUUAGCACAAAGCAAAGCUGAUUAAUAUGAUGCAGAGCUGCAGUAGUCGUAUCAACAAAGUGAUGAUGAACACACUAAAGUCUUUUUUAAACGGCAUUUCAUGAUUGUUGAUGGCUUGAUUUGUGUAGGGAGUAAAGCGUCUUGGCCAGAAGGCAGCGUUGGGAGUGCUUCUGUUCCUGUGUGUUCCCUCCUCCCCCAUGGUUGGUUCUUCUACUGUUCUUAUACCGUAGUCCUGGUUUAUUAGCGGUUCUCCCUGAUGUUCUGUUUGGAUCCUGUCUGUUAUGUGCAGUGAAUUCCCUGGCUUUGUCUUCUUGUUCCUGUUUUUACAUUAAACAUGUUGUAAGCGUGUUGUCCAAUAAGAGGAAGAUGAUCAUGAGAGACAUUCCAGGCACAGUGACAAGCGUGUCUCGUCGAUGCAACAGUGGUGUUUGACCACCCUCCAUCUUGCUGGUUUUCUAAACACACAUUGUGUUUUUUUUAGAGGAAUUGCAGUAGUCCGUUCGUCUGUGUUUGUCCUCUGGUGUCCUGGAAGUCUCCAAUAAAACGACCUGGGAUUUUUCCUCCAAACGUA